AUGGUUAACCUAAGGCCGCCACGCACUUUCUGGAAUGUAGAAUCCAAGCUCUUAGAGCCCCUCAGAUUCUUCCAUCUUUCAGCGAUCCAGCAAAAUUCUUGUCAGGCACCUGGGAAGGAGGACUCAGCGCGAAAAAGUAGUUUGCCCUGUCUAAGUUCUAAACUACAACCUGUUCCGGGCAUCCCACCUACGGAGGCCAACAAUGAUAACAGCUUGGCUAGAUUCGGAGCCGCCUGCCAAAAAUAUAUGCAAAGCAAGACGUAG